CGAGGGUUUUAUCACUCUCUCUCUCCCAUUGUGUCUUCUCCUCUGUUUUCAUUCGCAGAACGGUCGACAGCUGAAAAGCCCUUUAAAUUCCGACGGCUUAGCUAACUUGAAACAGAUUCCACCCCAAGCAAGUCCGCCACAUCACAAGGGCUAUGCAACGACAACGUGGGAACUCCAGAACCAGCUGAUGCAGCAACAGCAACAGCAGCAGCAAAAUCAGCAACAAAACGCCCAACAACAGCAGAACCAGCAGCAGCCUAACCCGCAGCAGCAGCAGCACCCGCAACAGCAGCAGCAACCGGGUGCCAACCGGAACAUGAUGCCGCCGAACCAGCAGCAGCAGCAACAGCCCGGAGCAGGCCGGUAUCCGGCGCCGAUUCAGCGACCGACCAACUACUCGCAGCCGCCGGUUCCGGGAAUGCACCAGCAGCGGCCAAUGCGCCAAUCGAACCACCAGCAGCCCGGCGGUGGCCAACCCGGCCAACCCCCGAACAUGGCCCAGGUCAUGGGCGGCGGAGGUGGCGGCGGAAAUCCGAACAAGCACUACUACGGCGGCCAAGGUGGUGGAAAUCGAGGCGGUCACGUGAACGUAAUGAACGAUCAGAACAUGGGCGGCGGCGGUAAACCCGGUAGCAAUGACAAAGUCGUACUAGAUGAUGCGGGCAAGGAUCACGAUUCCAAGAAGAAGUAAAGUGUAAAGAAGAAGAAGCGGUAAUAAAUUGUCAAGUGAACACAAAAGAAAGAAAACAUGGAGUUACUUACAGAGAAAGAGACAAAAUGCACAUUUCAACUAUGAAAAGGAAAAAAACGAAGGCAAGGAAAAAAAACAAAACAUUGUAGUCUAUCGCAAAUUAUGUAUUAUUGGUAAACAAAACAAAAACAAACAUAUUUAUUAAUUAAAAUAGUUGAUGGGACAAAACAAAACAAAAAAACACUGAUACUUCAUAUGAUGACGGGGAGGUAAACUUGUGGAUGGAAGUGGAAGAAAAACAUUUGCUGACAGAAAAAAUAUCACCGUAAUAUCGACGUAAAAUAUAACCUUAAACAAACACACACAGCAACAACAAACAAACAUUCACGCGUUACAUUUGUAAGAAUGGAGGAGGAGAAAAAGUAAAAGGCAAACGCAGCUUUGAAGCGCCCUCUUUAUAAUCAGUGAAAUGAAUCGGUUUGACUGAGCUUCACUCUAAACAAUGGCUAACAAAACAAAUAAAAAAUCGACUUUGAAUGAUUUUCGGACUUACUUAGGCGAGAUUGCUUGAUUGUUUGAUUGAUUGAGAGGUAGAAAGGGAGAGAAUGUGGUGGUAUUUUUUCUUCUCGCUAGAUUCGUUUUCGCCUGAGUUGCUCUUCUGUGCAAAAGAAGGUGAAAAUUUCGGUUCCUUCUAUUUUUUGGAAGACACACACCCACACAGCCCUAACUAGACACUUUACCCUAGCCGGAAUAAGGAAGCAAGCAAAUAUGCGUAACCUACCCCUAAACUAACCGCCCAACCAAAACCACACAAUUUAACCGUGUUUAUCGUCAAUGCUAAAAUGUUGAGAGAAAGGAAAGCUACAAAAUGUGGAGGGAAAUUCUGCGAAGAAGGUGGAAUCCAAGGAACAGGGAUUUUCGAAUGAUACAGAACUUGAAAUCAAAUAAUUGAAUAAAACAAGUAAAACAAACAAACAUAAAUGAGCAAACAGUGGAGGAGAAAAGUGUGUCUACUCAUGAAGACUACUCUAGCUUAAUACAGUUUAAUAAAAGAAAUGAAACACAUAAUUAAUGAAAAUGCAUAUUAUAGCAACUAUAUAUUAAUGAUGAAAGGGAGAAAGUUUCAAAACAAUUACAUUAGUAAUUCACUUUAUUAAUGAAUUAUUCUUAUUAUAAAAUAAAUAUAACAAAACAAACGUAAACUAUAUUUGAGUAUAAUCAUUAUUUGUCGUAAAAUAUAACCUGCGUAAAAUUGAAUGCGAAGAAGGGCGCGCCAGGCAGAAGAGAAACGAGAGAGACCGUCGAGGAGAAGCCUUCAGUUCAGUUUUCAAUUAUCAUAUGAUAAAAACAAGAAACACACACAUUCACAUGCAUUAACACGCAACAAAAGAAGAAAAAAAAACUUUACUGAAAUCAUGUUCGAUGGAUAAAACAAAACAAACAUAACAAAAGAAAACCGUAGAAAUUGAUGUAGGUUAAACGCGACAGUGUGUAAGUGAAACUGCAAACUCUUAAACGAAAAUGAAUAAACAAAACUAUGACCUACACACACUACGACAAAAAAUGCUGCAAGAAUGUUACAAUUAGUGAAAAAAAAAACUGCAAGCUGACAAAUUGUAACACACUUUGUAGUGGUGCGCGCGCGAGCAUGAGUUUCUUUUAAGUUCUAUAUUUAAAGAUAAAAAAAAGUUUUAUUUAUUUUCUACAGUGUAAAAGGUAACCCAAGCUCUGCAUAACAAUUGAGAGAAAUACACAGCAAAGAAAAACACACACACACACAUGAAAACUCACGUGCAUAUACAAGAGACAGAUGAAAAUGAAGAAAAAACCUUACAAAAAACAUUAAACACUACAAACACACGCAAACACAAUAUUAGAAGAUUGAAAUUACUAGAAUGAGAAAAAAAAAAAAACGCGGCGAGAAGAAUGGUUGAAAACUGAAUAUUAUAAAAAAAA